CGUUCUUGGCUCAUUUAAAGUUAAAAUCUCCGAGAAAUUAAUAGUAUUUCAAUGGCGAAGGUUGGAGGCAAUAGGAGCAGCAGUUCCAGAUGGUCCCUGUCAGGAUUUACCGCUCUCGUUACCGGCGGUACACAUGGAAUUGGGCAUGCGGUUGUGGAGGAAUUAGCGGAACUGGGUGCGACAGUAUACACUUGCUCACGGAAUGAAGCAGAACUCAACGGACGAUUGCAAGAGUGGAACGCUAAAGGCCUUCAAGUGAAGGGUUCUGUUUGCGAUGCAUCUUCAAGGGAACAGAGAAUUCAGCUCUUGGAAAAUGUCUCCUCGGCUUUUGAUGGAAAGCUGAACAUUCUUAUAAACAAUGUGGGGACUAACAUACGGAAGCCCACCACCGAUUAUACUGCUGAAGAAUAUGCGCGUCUGUUUGCUACCAACUUAGAAUCUGCAUACCAUUUGUGCCAACUUGCUCACCCUCUUUUGAAAGCAUCUAGAAAUGGUUAUGUUGUCUUUAUAUCUUCUGUUGCCAGUCUGGUGCACCUGUCAUCUGGUUCUAUCUAUGGAGCAACAAAACGGGCAAUGAAUCAGCUCACGCGGAAUUUGGCUUGUGAAUGGGCAAAAGAUAGCAUUCGUGUUAAUGGUGUUGCCCCUUGGUACAUAAGGACGUCUUUGGUAGAACAUUUGCUUGAAAAUAAAACAUUUUUGGAUGGAGUAAUAUCUAGAACUCCCCUUAGACGUCCUGGAGAAUCUCAAGAAGUUUCAUCCCUGGUAGCUUAUCUUUGUCUACCUGGGGCAUCUUACAUUACCAGGCAAGUUAUAGCGGUUGAUGGAGGAUUCACAGUCAAUGGGUUCGAAAUGACAAGCUUCUGAUCUUUGUUCUCGUCUAGAGAUGGUAGCCGAGCUUAUGCCUUGAAUAUCUUUUAUGUGUAGAUACUCAUCUUCUUUGUUUCUUAGUGAUCAAGUUGAGACCAUCAUGAAUAAAGCUCUUUUAAUAUCUUCCUUAAUCCUUGUUUAUCGGAUCAUAAGAUGGCAUCCCUCAUUAAUUUACCCCACUUGCCUUAUUUACAGAGUAUAAAAUCGAGUUUUCUA